AUGAUCCAGUUGAAUGAAACCUCAAGGAGCCAGGUAACUGAAUUCAUUCUCAUGGGCAUCACAGACCAUCCUGAGCUGCAGUGUCCCCUCUUUGUUGUGUUUUUCCUCAACUACAUGGCUACAGCUCUUGGAAAUCUGGGCCUGAUCAUCCUGACCAGUGUGGAUUCCCAUCUCCAAACCCCUAUGUACUUCUUUCUCAGGCAUCUGGCAUUUGUUGACCUUGGCUAUUCCUCAGCUGUUGGGCCAAAAAUGUUGGUUAGUUUCAUAAAGGAGAAAAAUGUGAUUUAUUAUCAUGAAUGCGCAGUACAGCUAUUUUUCUUUGGGAUAUUUAUUGCCAGUGAACUUUUUAUCUUGUCAGCCAUGGCCUAUGACCGCUAUGUGGCUAUCUGCAAGCCCCUCUACUAUACGGUCAUUAUGUCAGACAGGGUAUGUUGGAUCUUGGUGGCUAUCUCUUACCUCUACUGCAUCAUGGUAUGUCUAGUGAUCACAACUGAGACUUUUAAAUCAUCUUUCUGUGACUCAAAUAUAAUAAGACACUUCUACUGUGACAGUCUCCCUCUAUUGUCCAUUGCAUGCUCAGACACAAGUGAGGCUGAACUGAUCAUCAUGACCUUUUCUGCAUUUAAUUUGGUUUCUUCCCUCUUGAUUAUCCUUAUUUCCUACAUAUUCAUUCUUGUGACCAUCCUUAGGAUGAACUCUUCUGAGGGCAGGCACAAAGCCUUCUCCACCUGUGGCUCUCACCUCACAGGGGUGGUUAUCUUCUAUGGGACACUUCUCUUCACGUACCUGCAGCCUCAGUCUAGCCACUCCUUUGACACAGACAAGAUGGCCUCUGUCUUUUACACUCUGAUCAUCCCCAUGCUCAACCCUUUGAUCUACAGCUUGAGGAACAAGGAGGUGAAAGGUGUCUUGAAAAAACUCUUUAAAAAAUGA